AUGUCGCUAUCCCUCUCGCAUCUGUCUCUUGUCCUUGGACAAUGGCUGCAGCCUAUCGUCGAGCAGCUUCCACCGUCCGUCCAGGAUGUCGUGCUGCAUCCCCUCGCUCCGAAAGCGCUCUUGGUUCUGCUGGCGCUUGCCUUCCUGCGCCAGACAAACCGAAUACUGACCAAUUGGUCAAUGAACAACGGCGAACGCGACAGGUUUGACCAUGAACGCGAACUGGUCCUUCUCACAGGCGGCUGCAGCGGCAUCGGCAAGCAGAUGGUCCUUGAUCUAGCCAAGGCGAACGUUCGCGUGGUAAUUCUUGAUAUUCAAGAACCCUCUUUUACGCUGCCAUCCGGCACCGCAUUCUUCAAGGCCGAUAUCACUUCGUCCGCCAGCAUCGCCGAAGUCGCAGAGAAGAUCCGCGCAGAGCAUGGCGAUCCCACAGUUCUCAUCAACAACGCGGGCGUCGGCCACGAUGGCACGAUUCUCCAGAAACCAGAGGCCAAGAUCCGUCAGACCUUCGAGGUCAACACCGUCUCGCAUUUCCUCAUGGUGCGCGAGUUCCUGCCGAGCAUGAUUGAGAAGAACCAUGGGCAUGUUGUCACGAUCGCCUCUAUGGCCAGUUUUAUUGGUCUCGGCGACAUGGUGGAGUACAGCUGCACCAAAGCGAGCGCACUCGCUUUCCACGAAGGACUGCGCCAGGAACUGCGUCUAUGGUACAAGGCACCGAAAGUUCGAACCACCGUCGUACACCCGCUCUGGGUUCGCACCCCCAUGAUCAAGGUCUUGACCGACGCGGGCUCGGAAUUCAAGCAGCCGAUUCUUACACCAGAAAUGGUGUCCGAGGCGGUCGUGAAGCAAGUUCUCGCCCAAAGCAGCGGCCAGAUCAUUUUACCUGGGUACUACACGCCGCUGAGUAUGCUACGCGCGCUGCCGAAUUGGUUCCAGGAGUUUGCGCGGGGAGUAGGAUCCAGGGAUUUCAUCAAGCUUAGAGAGUGGCAACAGAAGCAGCUCAAGACGCAGUAG